AUGUGACGAGAAUCAAGAAAAUCUAAAACCGGAAAGUUCGAGAAUAACAACAUUAUAAAAAUCGAAAGCUGCUGGUAGCACUCUCAAACAAACACAGUGUUCACCAUUUCUAAAAGGUUUACCGAGUCACCCAUGGCAAUCGAGGCAUGGUUCAUGGACGAGAGCGAAGAAGAUCCUAGGCUACCUCACCAUCGCAAUCCCAAAGAGUUCGUUUCAUUGGACCACUUGGCUGACUUGGGAGUGUUGUACUGGCACUUGAACCCAGAAAACUACGAGAACGAUGAGGAAUUGCAGAGAAUCAGAGAAGCAAGAGGAUACAAUUACAUGGAUUUGCUUGAUUUAUGCCCAGCGAAAGUGCAAAACUAUGAAGAGAAGCUGAAGAACUUCUACACAGAGCACAUACAUGCUGAUGAGGAGAUACGCUAUUGUUUGGAAGGAAGCGGGUACUUUGAUGUUCGAGACAAGGGUGACCGUUGGAUUCGCAUUUGGAUCAAGGCCGGUGAUCUGAUCAUAUUGCCAGCUGGAAUCUACCAUCGGUUCACUCUCGACACCAACAACUACACCAAGUUGAUGAGGUUGUUUUUGGGAGAGCCAGUGUGGACUGCAUAUAAUCGGCCACAGGAGGAUCACCCAGCAAGAAAAGAGUACAUCAAGAGUCUGACUGAAGAAGUGGGAGUGCCAUUGGAAGCUCACUAAGUGUACUGCAUGUCUAUCUACUUAAAGGAAGAUUAUGGUGCCAUAUAAUAUAAAGCUCUUUUGUGUUCCUGAGUAUUUGCAGGUGUAACCAUAAUGUAUGUGUACUUAUAUUUUAGUAGUACUUGUAUUUUGGUACUAGAGGUCUUUUCUGCACUAUCUAAUAAUUGAGUUAUGCAGUUGGCAAUACAGAUUGAACUCUAUUAAACAAAUUAGCAAUGAAUAUUUAUGUAUAUAUACAUGUAACUU